AAGUGCAUUUCUAAGUCGAUAAUUCUCACGUGUAACAGCUUCCCGUACCGUACCCUCUCCUAUCUCCCUGAUCCGCCCUUCCUAAGGCCUCUUAUCAAGCCUUAUCUCUAACUCCAUAAUUCUCACAUAUAGCAGGCUCCCCGACCACCAUGUCCAUCAACUUACAGUCCCACGUUUUCGCUGGCAACCCUCUAACAUCCAAAUUUUCAAAUCCGGGCAAUCCGUUUUCACCCACGACUUUUAUUGAAACCAUUAAAGCCAGACUAUUGGACAAUACCCAAUCUGCAUCCUCUCCUAAUUUCAAGGUUUUGCCUUUCAGUUGCGGGAGGCCCUUGGCCUCUUCAACUUCUGUUUCCGGCGAAUUGCCGCCGGUUUGGAAUCUGGGUUGGAUCAGUUUGGAUGAUCUCAUCGGGCUCUUUGAAAGUAUUAGUGUUCAAUUGAGCGGAGACCAGUUUGUAUACCUGGGUUCGCGCGUUGAUGACGACGUCGUUUACGGGGCAAUCGAUGUUUCUGCUGAGCACGGCCUGGUGCCUUUAUUAAGGAGCAAGCAGUUUUGUUUUGCGGAGCUUCGAACGCUCAUGGUGGCCACUAAUUGGGCGGACUUGCAAGCAAUGGGGAACUUGGCUAUUGCCGGUCAUGCGAGGGCGCUGCUGGAAUGGCAUAAAUUAUCACGUUUUUGUGGACAUUGUGGAGAGAAAACGUUGCCUAUUGAUGCCGGGAGGCGGAAGCAAUGUUCAAAUGAAUCUUGCUGGAAAAAGAUAUAUCCACGAGUUGACCCGGUGGUCAUUAUGUUAGUCAUUGAUCAAGAAAAUGACCGUGCCCUUUUGAGUAAACAAUCAAGAUUUGUACCAAGAAUGUGGAGCUGCUUAGCAGGUUUUAUAGAGCCAGGAGAAAGUUUAGAGGAGGCUGUGAGAAGAGAAACAUGGGAGGAGACUGGUAUUGAAGUGGGAGAAGUUGUGUAUCACAGUUCUCAGCCCUGGCCUGUUGGACCAAACAGCAUGCCAUGCCAACUUAUGAUCGGAUUCUUUGCAUACGCGAAAUCUCUUGAAAUAAAUGUGGACAAGAAUGAGUUAGAAGAUGCUGAGUGGCACAGUAGAGAAAAUGUAAGAAAAGCUUUGACGUAUGCAGAGUACAAGAAGGCCCAAAGAACGGCAGCUUCUAAGGUAGAACAAAUGUGCAAGGGAGUGGAAAAGAAUCAGAACUUGGCUGCAGAUUUCAACGUGGAAAGUGGUGAACUUGCUCCUAUGUUUGUUCCUGGACCCUUCGCAAUAGCCCAUCACCAUUCCUCUUGGGCAUUUCGUGAUCCUGAUAAUUCAAAACAACCUAGUGGCUCUUUGUCAAAUUUAUAGGAAGCAAGAGAGAUUUCGAUCCAAAGCCUUAUUUAUUACUAUGGUGCAUCAAAAGAAGCGUGAGACUGAGCUAUUUGGCCACUUUUGCUCGCCGAAUUAUCGUGAAGAGUCUGCGCUCGUCCAAUUGAAAAAUCUCUUGAUUUGGUGG